AUGUCGAAUGGCAUUGCAGAUCUAGAUCACCCCGUCUCUUCCGCCACUUCGGCGUUAUCUCCGCCAUCCCAAUCGCGAGAUCCGCGAAUCCGUGACCAAUCGCGUCUUGCGCCAUCACUACUCCUGUCAUCUCCGCCGUCAGGAAACUCGAGCCCGUCGACCGUCGGUUCUAUAGGUCAACGAGCCUCCCCGAGCAUCGGUCUCGACCCGCCACCGCUUCCAUUUCUUUCAUACCGCGGGGCCGACGAAUCUCUGACCUCGUCACCAGUCAACCGGAGGGCAGAGAGCAGUAUCUACUACACCACCGCGUGGGGUUCUCCGUAUGCAGCACCAAGUACUCGGAGACUGUCAGUGACCCACAGCCAACUUACAAGCCUCAACCUUGAAUCUGGUCCCGGCUCGCCAGUAUCAUCGGUAGCCAACAACACCGAAUUCCGGAGAUCUAUCACUGCGGACGACGACACGCUUGAGCCCGUCGACCGCGAUAUCGAUCACGGCGGAGAGCGAUCCAUCCGGGACUUUACGCAGGAUUGGAUCAAUCAGUACUUGACCGGUCAACCUAGAACGGAGCGCAGCAACUGGCUCAGUGACGACUCGGGAAGUGAAGCGCCGUCCUUCUUUACUGCGAAAAAUCAUCUUGCGGACGACGCCUCGGACGAUUGGCUCGGACUGGAAGACGACUACCGGACUGAAGAACUCUUGCGGACUCCGACGCUCUCCGACUUCGUAGGGAGGAAAUCAGCGGCUCGUGCAAAAGUCAAGAAUUCCUUGCAUAAACGCGCCGACACUUUGCGCCAGGAAGACUUCUGGGGUUUCGCCUACGACAAAGAGCCCCAAACCAACAUGUCCGACCAAAACACUACACAGCCUACCAUGGAGACGAAUUUCCCGGUUGAAAAACCGCUUCCCCCUCCCCCGGCAAAUGCGGCGGACGAUGUUCCAACUAUUGAAGAACGCCCACCAUUAAAAACACAAGUGUCGGAGAUAGGCAGAUCAGCGACUCAGACGCCACGGCGGAGGAAGAAGUUGAACUGGCGUGGAAAGGCCUGCAUAAUCGAACUGCCACAAGAUGACAACAGAGGCUCAGAGGGAUCCGAGUAUCGUCUCUUGACCCCGGCCGAUGUUCAAGAACGGAUGCAAAAAUGGGAGGAAGAGGGAUACGAUGUUCGUGGAUUCACAAUUGGCGAUAAUGACGAUCCUGCUGGGGCGACUGCACUGGGAGGUCUCAGCCGUCCUUUAUAUCCAGAUCCCUACGAGCUCUACGAAGAUUCAAAAGCCCAAAGCCUUGUUGUCAACUUCCCAGACAGAGCCAAGUGGCAAUCAUACAUCACCGAGCUUCAGGAGGAAAAGCUGCGGGCCCUUGGAGUAUCGUUUGGUGACGAUGAGCCUGCAGAAUCCAUCUCACCCGACUACUCGAUCAAUCAAACUGGAACGCCUUUCCCUGGUCUCGUCGCAUCUCCGCCAAUUCCCACUGCCUCCGCGGCGAGCAACCCCAUCGGCCAUAUCCAUCCUUUCUCGCCUCACUUCAAUCAAACUUCAAUGCCUACACCCGGUGCGAUGGGUGCAUUGGCCUCCCCCGCUUCACAAUUCGGCAUGCAAACGCCAUUCAUGGGCGUCGAGCAAAAUAUGAUUGGAGGAUUCCCCUUCCAGUAUCAACCCACACCUCCCGCUCAAGGCUCAAUGACGCCUCAAGGAUUCAUGAACGCCCGACAGGUCAGUGGUCCCACUGGUCCUGGGCCUAUGGGCAACUUCUCCUCCAUGCUCUCCCCGGUAUCUCCGAUGCAUGAGCAAGGCUCAUUUAAUCCUGCUUUCAAUGACAAGGGUGCGUUUGAUGACCAGUUCGGUCACAAUAUGCAGCAGGAUGGCUUGCAAUUCCAGCCCCCCAAGACUCCCGUGAAUGGGCAUCCCGAUCAUUACCACACAUCGAAUGUCGAAAUCGCCCACCCUACGCCCCGAGGCCAUGGUCAUAACCUAAGCGAAACUCUCCAAAGAGGACUAGACCAGAUGACACAUACCGAUUACCAUCUAGAGGACUCGAUUGACCGCCAAUUAGAAGAUGACUAUCGCGAUGUCAACCACGCCGGUCUGAAUGCCAGUAUGCUGAAGUCCCGUUGGGCACUGCCGGAAAAUGCGCACGACCCCCAAAAUGCUUUUGCUCAGCUCCACCAUCCCCAUCAAUUCUUUGGAGACCAGUAUCAACACAACAACGCUCAAGAUGGCUCUGACCUUGAGACGAACCCCAGCGUUGCAGGUACGCCCCACACUCGCCAGGGCGCAUGGCAGGAGCCCCAACACAGUGAACACUCUUAUCAAAGAGGACACCAGCAGCAGCUCUCCAUUUCAUCUCUCAAUGUGGAUGCCAAGGAGUUUGACCCCUCUGCAUCCUUUAAUACCCAGGCCGCACCGCUUGGAAACGACGCAUUCCAAUUCAGUGGCAUGGGAGACCAAGGCUUUGGCUUCGUUCCGCCCAACUCUUUCGCACCGAAUAGCAACCCGAAUGAUGCGACGGAUCAUCACCAAGACCGAAACGCUCAAAGCAGUUUCAAGUUCUCCGCUGCUUCGUUCAAUGUCGAAGCGCCUGUUUUCAACCCUUCGGCUAGUAUAACCUCGAAUGUCAGUUCUGAGCGCCCAGCUGCAAACAGAACCAAGAUCUUCGGUGACAUUGAUAUCGAUGAGAUUUCCAAGCCCGCCAAGGCCUCCAAAGCAAUCCCCAUCGUGCGACCAGACGAGAACGGAGAGGAGGGUGAGGAGGGUGAGCCAGAGGAGCCAGCAGUUGAGAAAGAUGCUUCAAGUCAUCCUGUCACCACAGACCGCCACAAGCGUGCGCGCCGUGGGGCUGGCCAUCCCGAAGGCGAGGCUAGAUAUAGCAUCUCGACUCAUCCUCUGGGCGAGGCUGGCAAUGUUCAAGCUUCUGGCUCUCUCCACGCAGUUGCCGAGGGCAAGGAGAAUGCCCUGCCUGAGGAAAACCCCAUUGACCGACGGGGUACCCCUGCGAGCGAAGCUACCACCUGGACCCUGUUUGAUGCCAAGAACGAGGUCGAGAACCAGUCUCCAGUCGGGUCACCUAUUCGGGCGGAGCCCGUUUUGGAAGCCCCAGAGGCUGAAGAGGCUGAGCAGGAUAUUCUUGUCGAAGAACGUCAACCCAAGCAACCUGCCGUGGGAGAUGACACUUCAGUGACGGUUUCUAAAAAGAUUGAUCAUGCUCCCCAUGGAUCCAAGAACUCCAUCAAGAGCACCGGGCUGUCGGCUACUGCCCCGGCCUUUGAGUUCAAGCCUGCCGUUUCCGAAUUCGUUCCUGGGGGUGUGGACUCUGCUAGCACCGCCGAGCCGAAGCCCGUUGAAGAGAAGCCCGCCACGAAGCAACCCAAGCAGGGUGGACUGAUGGCUUCUCGAUUUGCUGCAGCAAGCCCACCAAGCAAACAUUCUGAGCCUCAGUCCUCCGCUCCAUCCCGCGACCAAGCACAAGUCAUCACCCGACAGCCCAAGCAUGCUUCAAGCCCAUGGCACUCUGAGAGCGACUCUCCAGACGAUGCAGAGUUGAACGCCAUCAUGGAACAGCUGAAUGAUGACUCCGAUGUUGGCAUCGAGCGCCACAUGACUCCCUUCAACACGAUCCAUGCCACUCCCUUCCGGCCCCGUCAAGAACAUCUCACAGAGUCGAUGGGCGGGCCCACCAAGGAACAGCGCUUUGGCUCGGUGGAAGCCCGCAGUGAGGCUCCCAGCCCAAGUCCCGGUGGUGCACCCAAGUACAAGCUUGAUAUUCCCCGGCUUGGCUCUGACCUCGAUGGCAAUAGCAACGCCACUUUCUCUCCUCAGAAGAGUCUUAUUUCUCGUCUUCAAUCCCCGGUCCACCACUUGGUUACUGAAAACGAUCACGUCAGCGACUGGGAUGAUAUGAUUUCCGCUGGCGAGGAUGAGAAGUUCAUGAACAGGAACCGCUUCUUCGACCGCCGUAUCAACGACCUUGUUGGCUCUGCCAUCGAUGACAAGCUGGGCCCCAUGGAGCGUGCUCUGGCUGUGAUUCAGCAGUCUGUGGCUUCUAUCGCUACUGGUGCUUCUAGCCGCCGGGUCUUCCGCAGCACGUCAGCUGAGAUGGAGGACAGUGACGCCGAUGAUGAGGACGAUGGCGAUGUGGAAGAGGAGUCAGUCCGCGACCGCUCUCCCCACAACAUGAGGGAGCGCAAGCUGGAGAUGCUCAAGAAUGUUGUCAUGGAGGCUUUGGUUACCCACGAUAUCCCUCAGCGUGCCGCUCCUCAUUCCAGCCAUGGCGAGAUCUCCCAGCUCAAGGAGAGCAUUGCCGAGCUGCAGGCUUUGACAAUCAAGAAGCUCGCGCAGGACCCUGUUGGUGACAUGCGUGAAAUUCUCGAAGAGACAAUGGCCAAGCAAUUGGCUCAGCAGGCUGCAUUGCAGACCCCGCGUCUGUCUGAGGCUGAGGAAAUCGGCGCCGAUAGCCUUAUGCUCCAGAUCGACGGACUCAAGAGCAUGCUGCGUCUCGCCGAUGAGCGCGCUGAGCAAGAGUACAAUGACCGCCGACAGGCGCAGGAUUCUAUGACCGAGCUUCAGCGUCUUCUGAAGUUUGCCGAGGAGGAUGCUGCUCGCCACAGCGCUGCUGCCGAAGAUGCCGAGUCUCGCCUUCUUCAAUUCAAGGAGGAGAAGAUUCCCUACUUUGAGAAGAUGCAGUUCCGCACUGAAUCCCUCUCUGAGGAGAGUGAAACUCUCAAGGUCACCAUUGCUGAGUUGUCUACCAAGAACAUUGCUCUCGAGGGAACCCUGGACGAAUACCGUGUGUCCAGUGAUAGCUUCCGCCGCCAACUUGACACAACCAAGGGUGAGAACCAGUCUCUUCACGAGACCAUUGAUCACCUGAGAACCCGCAUCGAGGACAGCAUGAUCUCACGUCAGAACCUGACUGAGAAGUUCGACCGCCUACAGAACGACAUGCUCAGUGUUACUGCUGAUAUCACUCGUGAUCAGGCUUCAUGGCGCAAGAAGGAGCAAGAGCAGAAUGCCAAGUACAAUGAGCUGCGUGCAUCUCACUCCCGUGAGUUGCAGUUGCGCCAGAAGCUCGAGGAAGAUGUCCGCAUGUUUGAGAACCAGGAGCGGGAAUCCACGAAGCUCAAGUUCAUCCAAGAGCAAUCCCAACAAGAGAAUGCUAGACUGGAGGAGCUGGUCAACAGCUUGCGUGCUGAGAAUCAUGAUCUAGAGAUCAAGGCAGCUCGCUUCGAGCGUGAGUUCACCGAGGCCCGCGAGAGCAGCCGCAUCGAGAUCCAACGCACUCGCUCUUCAAUGGAGGCGGAUGUGGACGCUGCCAAUAGCCAGGUCAACAUUGUGCGUGCCGAGCUCGAGGCCCAGUUGAUUCGCUUGCAGACACAGCUCGACAACAACCGCAUGGAUACCGAUACCUCCCGGGAGCGUUAUGAGCUGCUCUUGGAGGAAGCCAGGGAUUCCAAGGUUUCUGCCCUGGCUGCGAAGGAUCUCGCCAUUGAUGAGACACGCAAGAUGCACGAGCGUGUUCUCAAUGACUUGCGUGAACGCCACGCACGCGCCUUGCACAAUUCGUCUGAGGAUCGUGCUCGGGGUGAGAACCACAACAUGGAGCGGAUGGCUUUGUCCGAGGAGAAGGCUAAGCACUUGCAAGAGCGUGUGAGCCACCUCGAGGAGAGACUCGAGAUUGCCCAAUCUGCUGCCCGUGCUGCUGCUGAGGCGGCUCACAGUGCGAAGGCAAGCCCUGCUUCAAUUCCUGUCCCGACUGCUGCACCCUCGCACUCACGCUCAACACCAUCCAUGUCCUUCGGCAAGGGAUCAGAGGAACCCGAGAGGAUCUCUCCUCAAGCUUUGCGAGAGUCCAUCUUCGUGCUCCAGGACCAGCUUCAGCAGCGCGAGACACGCAUUGAGGAGCUCGAGCAAGAAGUGUCCACCGUAGACAAGGAUGCACCAAACAAGAUCAAGGAGAAGGAUACCGAAAUCACCUGGUUGCGUGAGCUCCUCGGUGUCCGCAUCGAUGAUCUGCAAGAUAUCAUUCAGACCCUCUCCAAGCCUACUUUCAACCAGCAUGCUGUCCGCGAUGCAGCUAUUCGCCUCAAGGCCAACCUUCAAAUGCAGCAACAAGAGAAGGAACGCCUCACAUCCGGCAACCUCCCCUCCCUCUCUGAUCUUGCUGCCUCGCCCCGCUCCCUCCCCUUGGCCGCGGCCGCGGCCUGGGGAAACUGGCGCAAGGGUCGCGAUCCCAACUCAACCACCGACUCCACCCCCUCAAAGCCCAGCAACGCCGGUACCUUCCUUUCGGGUCUCUUGACACCCCCGAGCUCCCAUGUCCGUCAAAAUGGUCCCGGCCAACAAAUGAGUGCCGCCCAGCGAUUCGCGGAAACCCGACCUCUCAGAGGGUUCAAGUCGCCUAGACGUGCCCCUGCACGCAAGGAGCCUGUCGUUGCGGAGCCCCCCAAGACCCCGCCUCUACUCCGUCGCUCGAGCUAUGACCACGAUGCCGAGCCGGCGAACUAUGAAGAAGGCCACUUCGAUGAGAAUGAAAGUACAGUCGACGGGGUAGUCUCCGCAUCUCCGAAGGAGAGAGACGAUGAGGGUCCAUUCGGACCUCAGAUCGGAGAGGCCGAAGAGGUCGAUGCUGAAGUUUCUUCCUCUGAUGAGCCCUCCACGGAAGAGGAAUGA